UCUGCCAAAUAUGGUACAUACACAUUAAUGGAUUCUAAUACAGGAAAGAUAGCUGAUACUACUGUGAUUUCAGUAACCGAGGUUAACAACUCUAACGCUAUGGAGAAGGCAGGGUUUGUCCGCUUACUGGAUAAUUUACUGAAGGAAGGCGUUCCAAUAGAGGAGAUUUCGACGGAUCGACACAUGCAAAUACGAAAACUAAUGCGAGAGAAUCCAAAGUACAAACAUAUCGCCCAUUCAAUUGAUCCGUGGCAUUUAAUAAAAGGAUUAAAAAAAAAGUUAAAUGCUAAAAGUAAAAAGAAAGGCUGUGAAAUUAUCGCUAAUUGGGUGGAGAGCACGUCAAACCAUUUCUGGCGGAGUUUGGCGUCCUGUAGUGGUAAUCCUGAUGAGUUAGUAGAAAGAUUUCAGUCAAUUAUUUUUCACGUCAUAAACAAACAUCAUUGGCCAGGAGCUGUUCACUUCAAACAAUGUGCGCAUGAGAAAAUACCUGACACUCCUGAAAGGCGCGUUAAAUGGAUGAAAGCUGGUAGUACCGCUCAUGAUCAAUUUAAGAAAAUUAUCAUGCAUUCUAAUGUCAGGAAAGAUUUACACCAAAUGACAGGUGGAAUUCAUACUACUUUGUUAGAAGUUUAUCACAACGUAAUAGCCAAGUAUUUGCCAAAAAUAUAUCAUUUCGGUUUUGAUCACAUGGAGAUCGGAACUAUGCUGGCUUCGCUCGAUAACAAUAAUAAUACAGGUAGAGAACAAAAACGAACAAUUGUUAAAAAAGAAGCUCUGAAAAUUUCGUUUAAAAGUCAUUACAGAAUAGCUUAUCGUAAACCAUCAAAGCGUUUUAGUGCUCGCAAGUUCUACGAAAAUAAAACAUAUGAUUAUCUGAAAGAAAUGCUUCGUGAGAUCCGUGAAAAUGCUGCUCUUGGUAUAAAAAACGUAAGCGCAACAAAAAGAAAGUCGAUGGCUCCUAUUGAAAGGGAAGCAAGGGAGAAAAUGAUUGCGGAUAGUGUGAAAUACAAACGAUUUAAAUAUUAA